ACAUGCGUAUUUCCUUGCCGCAAAACGCAAAACGCAAAACGCUGUUUUGUAGCCGUUGACUGCCUUCAAAUUACAAACUCCUCAAAACUGCACAAACAACCUUAGCGGGCACAAUGACUGCUGCUUCGUUGUUAUUCUCAUGUUCAAUGUCUAUGGGAGUGUCUCAUCCCAAGAUGGCUGCAAAAUCCUCUGCAUGUUAUUUAUUCAAUCAACCAUGGAGUCAUUUGAGGUUAACAUCAUCUGGGCAUUACGGGGUUUUGGAAAAAUCGAAACUUUCAUGCAAAGGUGAUGAGAUUCUGUGCCGGGCAGGGGCUCUUCAAGUUGAAAAUGUUGCACCCUCCUUCUCUGUUGGGCAAAAAUUUCAACUUGAUGAUGUGAUUGAAGCUCAGCAAUUUGAUAGGGAUACUCUCAAUGCCAUAUUUGAUGUUGCUAGGAGUAUGGAGAAUAUUGAAAGUAAUUCACCUGGGAGCCAGAUUCUAAAGGGCUACCUCAUGGCUACCUUGUUCUAUGAGCCCUCUACUAGAACUAGGCUUUCAUUUGAAUCUGCCAUGAAAAGAUUAGGUGGGGAUGUUCUGACAACUGAAAAUGCAAGGGAGUUUUCAUCUGCUGCUAAAGGAGAGACGCUUGAAGAUACUAUAAGAACGGUUGAAGGUUACACUGAUAUAAUUGUAUUGCGGCACUUUGAAAGUGGUGCUGCCAGAAGAGCAGCAGCAACUGCUGGUAUUCCUGUAAUCAAUGCAGGGGAUGGUCCUGGACAGCAUCCCACCCAGGCACUGUUAGAUGUCUAUACCAUUGAAAGAGAGAUCGGAAAACUGGAUGGAAUUAAAGUUGGGCUAGUGGGCGACCUUGCAAAUGGGAGGACGGUUCGCUCGCUUGCAUAUUUGCUUGCCAAGUACCAGGAUAUGAAAAUUUAUUUUGUCUCUCCUGAUGUGGUUAAAAUGAAGGAUGACAUAAAAGACUAUCUGACAUCAAAGGGAGUGGAGUGGGAAGAAAGUGCUGAUUUGAUGGAAGUUGCUUCUAAGUGUGAUGUGGUUUAUCAAACUCGCAUUCAGAAAGAAAGAUUUGGAGAGAAUAUUAACCUUUAUGAAGAGGCAAGAGGCAAGUAUAUUGUAAAUCAAGAUGUUCUAAAGGUGAUGCAGAAACAUGCUGUGGUUAUGCACCCUCUUCCAAGACUUGACGAAAUCAAAGUGGAUGUUGAUGGUGAUCCAAGAGCUGCUUACUUUAGGCAAGCAAAGAAUGGUUUAUAUAUUCGGAUGGCUCUGUUAAAGGUUUUGCUUAUUGGUUGGUAAAGGGUACAAUCACUUUCCAAGUGAGUGGGAUGAUAUAAUCUCAAAUUAUUUCAGUUGUUAUUUUCCUUUCCAUUCCUUGUUUUGUCUAUUGAGCGUCACAGAUAGUGACAGAGAAAAAUAAUUUAUUUAAAAUUAUCGUAAAAUUACCUUUGAAGUGCAAGCUUUUUUUU